GGGCGGGGCACUCCUGAGGCUCUACCCCCUGAGAUUGAGUUGCUUGCUCCGCCGCUGCAUCCCUGCACGUCGGGCGAUGUAUCUCCGCAGGGCUGUAUCCAAGACUCUGGCGCUGCCCCUGAGGGCGCCCCCCUGCCCUACGCCACUGGGGAAGGACGCAUCUCUUCGUCGAGUGUCAUCCAGCAAAUUCCCUGGAACAUCUGGGUCCAAUAUGAUUUAUUACCUGGUUGUAGGUGUGACAGUCAGUGCUGGUGGAUAUUAUACUUACAAGGCUGUCACAUCAAAGCAAGUCAGACAUACAGAACGUGUCACAGAUGUGAGAGAACAGACAAAACCAGGGUUACAGCCACUUGCAGGCGAAAAGGAGAAUGUGGCAGAAGCUGGGAAAGCACGUUCAGGAGUUGGAGAAAUUUCUGAAAAGGAAAUUGAAUUGGUAUAUGCUGAAGAAGUCCCAGAGUUGGCAGCUGGGCCUCCAGAAGAGUCUCCUGCCUCAGGGGCCUCCCUGAUCCCUGGCGAGGAUGCCCUAGUGGAGACGUCCAUAUUGAGGGAGGAGCCUGAGCUGAAGAUCACCGAGACUUGCCCGUGGGAGACCACUGAGGGAGUCCCUGAACCCACUACAGAGGUGGAGAACUCGGCUCUUGAAUCUACUGCAGAGGUGGAGUGCGCAGCUCCUGAACCCACUGAAGAGGUGGCCAGCGCAGGUCCUGAACCCACUACAGAGGUGGAGAGCACAGCUCCUGAAGCCACUGCAGAGGCAGAGAGCUCAGCUCAGGACCAGGCUGAUGUCAGCACCGAGGAUACCGAUGGGAAGCAGAGCUGCGAAGAGAGUGCUGAACUAGAAGAAAGCCCUCCCUUGGGCUCAGAACCCUCUGCCCAGUGUGAUUCACAGUAAGAAACCGAGGUCACAGCAGAAGCAGCCUCACCCCAAGGCUGAUCUGUAAAAUUCCAUAGUUGCUUUUGUAUUUUUAGCAGCCUUAGACCUUCUUUCUAGAAUUUAAUAUACCUUAAAGAAUUUGGCUUUUACUAAUAGAUGUUUGGGUGGGGUUUGAUAUUUUACAUGUCUUAAUAGUUUUCUACCCUCUAAGAUCAGGCUGUGUAAAGAGCUUAAACAGGAUUAACUUUGGGUUUAAAUUUUCCUUUUUAGAAAUUGAGUUAUCUGUGCAACCUGUAUCUCUUUGACUUCUGCUCUGCCUUUCUCUUUGUUAUGUGUAAGACUGGACUAUUGAGUUUGAUGUGAACUCAUUUAAAUAAAAUUAGAAUAUCUUAA